AUGUUAUUCUUCAAAGGAGAUUUGGUUAGUUUUAUAUUCCGCGACUUACGCAACGAGACGGGCACGUGGAUAGGACGCGGCGAGGGAACGAAUCGCGGGCUCCGUCGGUCCUCGCGAGCGGUGGUCAGGGGGCGCGAGGUGUUAGUACUGAGAGUGUCCAGAGGCAGCGGGCGAGUCGCCGCCGGAGCGAGCCCGCUGAGAGACGUGCGGCGGGCAGCGCGACCGGAGCGGGACUGGGCCUGCGAGCGCCGCGCCUGCGUCCUCACGCACCACCGAUUGAUGGAAUAUUUAUCUUCGACUAACUGGAUAACGAGACGGCCUUCGCGCGAGAAGCUUUUAUAA